AUGCAGGCUCGGAGCACAGACAGCAUUGAUGCAACAGGCGAGGGACAAGUGCGUACUUUGGGCAACGCCACCAGUAACAUCAAGGGAAAACCAAUCAAGAGGCUUUCUAUCACACGAGGCCAUUUCCCCAAGCUGACUGAAUGUGCCCAUUUCCACUAUGAGGCCGUGGACUUUGGACACAUCCAGCUUCAGUUUGCCCCUGAUCAAAAUGAAAACCUCAACAAUUUGGAGGAAGGAAGCCUUUUAUUCCCUGUUCAGGUUACCUGUCAGGGGAAAAGCUGGCAGGUACAUCGCAGCUAUGAGGAAUUCCGCACUUUGGAUGCUCACCUGCAUUGCUGUAUCUUUGACCGGCGUUUCUCUCAGCUUCCUGAAUUGCCACCCCUCAGCCAUGUGCAAGCUCAUCCUGAGCUCCUGGUGCCCAUGCUUUUACAGUAUCUUGAGAAGCUUUCUGCUAUUGUGGAUAGCAAUAUCAAUUGCAGCCCAGUUCUCACCUGGAUGGAGAUUGAUAAUCACGGCAACCGACUCUUGGUAAACGAAGAAGCUUCCAUCAAUGUUCCUGCCAUUGCAGCUGCUCACGUGGUUAAACGUUACACUGCACAGGCCUCUGAUGAGCUCUCUUUUGAGGUUGGAGACAUCAUUUCUGUGAUUGAUAUGCCCCCCAAAGAGGACAGGAGCUGGUGGCGUGGGAAGCACGGUUUCCAGGUGGGUUUCUUCCCCAGCGAAUGUGUGGAGCUCUUCUCAGAACGUCCUAGCCCUGGAGUCAAAUCAGAUGCAGAGGGGACAAGCUGUGUCCUCCCCAGGACUCAUGGCCUCCUGUCCCCAACCUCAGUGUCUAAGAAACAUGGCAAGCUCAUUGGGUUUCUUCGUACUUUCAUGAAGUCCAGGCCCAGCAAACAGCGCCUGAAGCAGCGGGGAAUCCUCAGGGAGAGGGUUUUUGGCUGUGAUUUAGGGGAACACCUCAAAAACUCAGGCAGUGAUGGUAAGCAUGAAUUUGAUAGCGAGCGGGUACCUGAGCUCUCCAAAGAUGUUUACUUGCAAGACAUCCAUUCGGUUAGCUCUCUCUGCAAGCUGUAUUUCCGGGAAUUACCGAACCCUCUGCUCACCUAUCAGCUCUACAACAAAUUUGCG